AUGGGCGGAACAGAAGUGACAAUUUCUUCACAGAUCUUGGAGAUAUCAACCCUCUAUGCCGCCCAUUGUCUAAUCCCAGGUAUACUCCUGAUCACCACAUCAAAACGCUCAGCAUGGCGGUAUCUCUCAAUCCCAUGUCUAGUGGUCAUCGCGCACAGAUCUAUACGCGUGGCCACAAGCCUAGGGCCAGGCUUCAUCUGGUGUGAACUAGCCCGUCUCAUCGUGACAGUAGUUUUCCAAUCCUUAAACCUGUUACUCAUAAACCCAAAAGACAGCACCGACCUUCCAUCAAAGGAAAGUCAUGGUGUUGUCGCGCGUCUUUAUUAUGCGACGCGACUGUUUACUCAACCGCGUGGAAUCAACACGCCCUGGCAAAUCAAAAAUGCACCCGCACAGCCAGCCUAUUAUGCGAAAAGGGGGAUGAAAGAGCCGCCUCGAGGUCGGUUUCUGCUUCGUAAUACUGCUAUUGCAAUAAUUCAGUAUUUGGCGUUGGAUGUUUUCGCUACCCUUGCGUUGCAACAGGCGCAAGAGCAGAAGAAGCAUGAACUUUUGCCACCCACUGUUCAGUGGGAUAUAUCUGUUGAGCAGUGGAUUGAGCGGAUUAUUUCGCAUUUAGUUGCCGGGUUUGUGGUGAGCAGGAUGCUUAUUGAUUUGCACCAUCGCGUGUUCUCGAUUUUGCUUGUUGGGCUUGGACUUGACUCUCCGUCGAAUUGCCCUCCUUUGUUUGGCCGGGCGGCGGAUGCAGGGUCAUUGAGAGGAUUUUGGGGCAAGUUCUGGCAUCAAUUGGUGCGUGAACCAUUUGUCUCUGUCAGCACAUUUAUUACCCGCGAUAUUGUGGGUCUAUCCAAGUCUCCAUUGGAGCGAUAUACAAACAUCCUCCUUGUUUUCCUCUUCUCAGGCGGAUUGCAUGUCAUCCUUGAUGUUGUUCAGGGUAUCCCAGGGCAGGAAUCUGGCGCGAUGUUACUAUUCAUGACAGCCCCACUCGGUCUUAUCAUCGAGGAUGGCAUCAAGGCACUCUGGAAAACCUGUACCGGAGCUAGUCUCACUGUCAAAGAUGGUGAUGGGGAGUUCCCUGUGCCGAUGUGGCAAAAGAUUAUUGGAUUCUGCUGGGCAAUGGCAUGGCUGGGCAUCACUUCAACUUGGUAUUUCUAUCCGCAAAUGCUGCGACCCGAAAACCAGGCCCUUGUUCCGUUUAGCCUGGCGAGUCAGGUUGGGUUGCCUGUCGUGGCAGGAACCGUCCUGGCUGGGGGUGCUCUGGUUGCCUUUGUGUUUGAAGUUGAAAUUUGA